AUGGCGGACGCGGACGACAAUUACGAUGCCGGGGGGAUGUUCGAUGACCCCGAGGGCUUCUACGAGCCUGAGAAGGAGCCCACUUUCGCCGAGCACCCGAUGCUGUCGGGCCAGACGGUGCGCGUGAGGCUGGUGGGGAGCCAUCCUCUCUACGGCGAUCUUCUGUGGAAUGCCGGUCGAACCAGUGCCUCUUACAUCGAAGAACGAGCCCAGCAACUCAUCGCCGGAAAGGAUGUCCUCGAGAUCGGCGCCGCAGCCGGCGUGCCCAGCAUCGUCAGCGCCAUCAAAGGCGCCCGCACGACCAUCAUGACCGAUUAUCCGGACCCCGACCUUGUCGAGAACAUGCGCUUUAACGCUUCUUCUUCCGCACCCCUAAUCCCCUCGGGCUCGGCCCUGCACGUCGACGGUUACAAGUGGGGGGCCUCGGUCGAGCCGUUGCAGGCAUACCUUCCGGCCGGGGAGACGAGAUUCGACCUCCUCAUUAUGGCGGACGUGGUAUAUAGUUAUCGCGAACACGGCAACCUGAUCAAGACGAUGCAAAUGACGCUGAAGAAGUCGAGAGAGGCGGUCGCAUUGGUGAUCUUCACGCCGUACGAGCCGUGGCUAUUACCCAGGACGGAGACGUUCUUCCCCCUGGCGGAGCGGAGUGGAUUCAAGGUGACCAAGAUCUUUGAAAAGCUGAUGGAUAAUGUGCUGUUUGAGAAUGAUCCUGGGGAUGAGAAACUUCGCAGGACUGUCUUCGGAUACGAGAUCAGAUGGGCUGAGGAUGAAUUGAAAUGA